CAUAAACAGCAUCUCAUGUAGACGCAAGUUACCCACCUCAUCUUCAUCAUCAUCAGCCUCUUUGGAUCUUUAUCAUCAUCUUCCUUCAUCAUCAUCGGUAAACUUGGAAUCCUCUGUCUGUUCAUCUGUGUAAGUUGAAUAGAGUGAAAACAUCCAAAUCUUUUCAUGUUAUUUUCAAUGUUUACCAGAAAAUAGUUAAAGCACCAGAUUUUAUUUUUUAUUUAUUUUUAGUUAAUCAACAACAAUCUAAUGAUGCUCAUUGAAAGUCUACCUUGCUAGUAUCAAUCAUCUUCAACAUCAUCAUCUCCAUCAAAUAAUUGUUUUAUAAUUUUAACCUUUUUUUUUGUUUUUUGCGCGAUUUUCAUCUUCGACUCAACAUCUACUCUAAACAACUCACUGAUAUUCAAGGAUAAUUAAACGCCUUUAUCUCAUCAACAAGUUCUAGUCAAUUUGAUAACUUUAGCCUGUUAUAUAAUAUUUAAUGUUUAGUGUCAAAUCGGUUAAUAAUCUGUGAUUUACUUCAUCCGUCAUUUGGUAGUGACCAUCAUUUCAUUCAAGCUACAAACCCAAACAUGUCACAAUAGGAUUAUCCAACCAGGAUUAUUACCUUAAACCAUGUCCUAUUCACGGUCAUCUUAUCGAGCCACUUCUACAUCUUAUCGGUUAUCGAGUGAAGGUGGAAGUGGUGGUGGUGAUGAAGGCUUUACAAGCUCUUAUAAAUCCACUUCUCGAACAGGGACAGGAACAGGAGCUGCAUCUGGAUCUCGUUUGACUCGCUUAGAUUCUGAUGAUGUUGGCCUUUCAUCGACUCGUCGAAAUAUUCGACCCAGAGAGGAUUCUUUCGAGUCAACUGCAUCUUCUCGAAUCUCUGGUCGUUUAUAUGACCGUAAAGACUCUAAUGAUGAAUUUUCUGCCUCCAAACGAAUCUCUAGUCGUGCAGGUAGCCGAUCAGAGGAAUCAGGUGGAUAUACAAGGAAAUACUCUCGAGGUUUAAGUGGUGACCUCGAUGUUGGCGCAGGUGAAUCAUACUUGUCCACACGGAAAACUUCAAGAUCACAUGGAAUCGAAGAUAGCUCAAGUGAUUAUGUCAUUUCUAAAAAAUCUGCCCGUGACUACGGUGAAGAAAGUUCAACUACAACACGUAAAUAUUCUAGUCGUAUUUAUGCUUUAGACGAUGAUCUUGACAUUGGUGGUGGAGCUAUGUCCACAACUGCUUCUAGAUCUACCCGUUUAUCAACAUCGCGGAUGUCAGAAGAUGAAAACUAUGGUAUAACUAAACGUGGCUUCAGUCGAUUAGGUUCAACUGAUGAUGAUGGUCUUACCAGUGGAUUAACAGUUGGUGGAUCAAGGUUCAAAAGAUCAGAGAGUCAAGAGUCAUCAUCUUUACUUAAUCGCCAAUCAUCUAAUGUUUCAGAAGAUGGAAGUUUCAAAUCUAGUAGCCUUAAACGGUCUCUGGACAAAGUAGAUUCAUACAAAUCGUACAAAAUAUCAGCUACAGAUGAAGAUAGACCGGUAUCACCAAAUUUAAGGUUGAAAUCACGAUCAUCGACCAUCAAUGAGGAAAAUGUUUACGUUGCUGUAUUGGAUUACAGUCCACCUAAAUCGGCUCAAGAUGAGAUUGAAUUGAAGGAGGGUCAAGAAGUUAUUGUCUUAAAUAAGGAUAAACCCCACAAAUGGAAAGUCCAAACAAAACCAUGUAAACAGAAUCGUAUUUCUGAAGAAGGAUUUGUUCCUUCUUGUUAUUUGGAACAAAAAACUCCGUAUGAUCCAAGUCAACCCGUUAUUGACGAUGAACCUUUGGAAGAAGUUGAUCCUAAAAUUGAAGAAGCCAAAAGGAAAAGAAAGAAUGUGUUGAAGGAAUUAGUCGAGACUGAAGAAGAUUUCAAUCGUGAUAUGCAAUUCAUUGCAAAUACCUAUCUUAAACAUAUGGACAGUUCGAUUAUGCCGAAGGAAUUGAGAGAUCAAAAAAGUCAACUAUUUGGUUGUUUCAAGGAAAUUGCUGAUUUUCAUAAUGAUGUUCUCAUGAAGGGAAUUCAAUACUAUGCCGCUGAAGAUCCAUCCAAAGUGGGCAACACUUUCCUUCGAUUGGAAAGAGAUUUUGACCAACACGUUCGCUACUGUCAAGAUUUGAACACUGCUCAAACUUUACUAGAAUCUGGUCCUCUUAAAGAUUAUUUUGAUAACUAUAGCAGCAAAAUUAAGGAUGAUAAACGUCUGGCCGAUCAUCUUAAAUUACCAGUCCAGCGGAUAAAUGACUACCAAUUAUUACUUAAGGAAUUGAUUAAAUAUUCAAGUAGAUUAGGUGAAGACAGUGGUGAUCUCUGUAAAGCUCUUGAAUUAAUGCAAGUUAUACCUCAACGAGGAACUGAUCUCCAAUUUAUCAACAAUAUGAUUGGUUACAAAGGCAAUCUUCAUAAAUCUGGUCGUCUCCUGAAACAUGUAUUGCGAGCAAAAGACUGGUUUCAAGUCAUCCAAAGUGAAACUACCGAUCCAGUUGAAAGAUACGUAUUCUUAUUUACUCGUCAAUUAAUAGUGACUGAUGUCGUUAAUUUAGCCAAAGAUCGUCAAGGAUACAUUGUCAAAAGCAUAACAAAGUUGGAGGAUAUUAACUUUGAAGAUGUUGAUGAUCUCACCUUAAAUGUUCAACAUAAGGACCCAGGAGUCAAAGGUUUUCCAUUUAAACUGGUAGCCAAAACACCAGAAAUCAUUAAAUCGUGGAAACAAGAAAUCCAAGAUGUUCGAAAAUUAACUAUUGAAGAGUUAGCUGAUAUACCAGAACCUGAGAUUACAGAGGUAACUGAUGUUGAAGAUCUUAAGGUUGAUGAUAUUUCAGUCAAAGGUACUGCAACCUCGCCCGAACCCUCAAGUGAAGUUUCAACCAUUCGACAAUUAAGUGAGUCUGUGGCAACUAGUGAUAUUGACACUAAACUUGGCGUAGCUGAAGAUUUACACACAAACGAUGGAAGUAAUACAGUUAUAACGGAAAGCCUUCGAUCAGGAUCAAUCACCGAUAUUGAAGAGUUUGCUUCUGCUUCAGAGGAUGAUUCUUUAUAUUUCUCAGCUUGUGAUUUAGACGCCAAGCCAGUCUUCCGACAGCCUCUAAAGCCGGUCACCCAAAACGUUGGAGAGAAGGCUGUUCUCGAAUGUCAAGUUAAAUCGGCUUUACCAUUGAAUGUUACCUGGUUAAAAGAUAAUUCAAGAUUAAAAGAAUCGGAAAAUGUUCAGAGUAUAGCCUACAGUGAUAAAUUUAUUUUAACCAUUGAUGGAGUUACCAAUGAAGAUUCUGGUCUUUACACUGUCAUUGCUUCCAAUGAAAAGGGUAAAACGUCAUCAAGUGCUGCUUUAAAUGUUAAACAAGAUCCAUUGAAACCAGACUCUAGGCCAACUACUCCUGGAGGCUCAGUUUUACCUCACCCACCGAAGUUCAAGGUUAAACUCGCGGACACCGAGUUAUUAGAAGGAACGACAGUUCGAUUUGAGAUGAUUGUUCGAGGAAUGCCUCUUCCACAGGUUACAUUUUUUAAAGAUGACAAACCUCUUGAAACAAAUGAUCGUGUCAGAAUAAUUUAUGAAAACAAAGAAGUUUUUGAAUUGUUUAUUGACCACGUUAAGCCUGAAGACGCUGGUUUGUAUAAAGCAUUUGCCAUCAAUAGCCUUGGUGAAGACUCGACCAGUGGAAGAGUUACAAUUUCAAAACACAAAGACGUUUUCAAAGGAUUGGAAGAUGAUCAUUCCCUGGCUGAACCAGAAAGUGAUGUUUCUCGAGCUGACUCGCGACCUAGAACACCGGCUUUCCGUUGGUUUAAAGAUGGUCAAGAGUUUGAGGCUAGUGAAAGGUUUCAAUGUACAUUUGAUGAUGAAGAAGACACAAUUGCCCUUAUCUUUCAACAUGUUACACCUGAUGAUGCUGGAUUAUACACUUGUGUUGCUAGUACUUCGAGUGGUAAAAUUUCCUGCUCUGCUGAACUUUCUGUUCAAGGUGAAGUGCGUAAGUUGCUUCGUGAACCAGAAAAACCGGCGAUAAAAGUUCCGUUAUCUGAUGUUGAAGUAAACGAAGGAGCAUCUGCCAUGUUGGAAGCCAAAAUUACCGGCUAUCCUAAGCCAAAAAUUACUUGGAUGAAAGAUGAUGUUGAAAUUAAAAUUGAUGAAAGGUACAAAUUUUUGUAUGAAGAUGAAGAAAGUUAUACCUUAGUUAUUAAAGGAGUAAGGCGUGAUGAUGCCUCUAAAUACCGUCUUAAAGCAUCCAAUGAUCUUGGUGAAGUUGAAACACAAGGAUUAUUAACAGUCAACAGUGCUCCAAAGGUUAAACGGGAACUAAAAGAUCAAGCUGUCAUGGCUGAUGUGCCAAUGAAACUUGAUGUUGUUGUUGAAGGUACUCCAGCUCCUGUUGCUAAAUGGCUAAAAGAUGGUCAACCAAUUAAAGCUGAUGAUCGAAUUAAAAUGAUUGAUCAAGAAGAAUCACACUCUUUGGUUAUUACCCCAGUAAAACUUGAAGAUGCUGGUAAUUAUACUUGUGUUGUCUCCAAUUCUUGUGGCCAACAAACAACACAAUCGGUUGUAACAGUUAAUUCACCACCUAAAUUUCAACUCGGUUUGAAAGAUACUGAAGCAAAAGAGGGAGAUACAAUUGAAUUUAAAGCUAAGAUACUCGGUAAUCCAGAACCAGAGGUUACGCUAUUGAAAGAUGGUAAAAAAUUGGAUCGUCAAAUUUCGAUUGAAAAAGAGAGUGAAGUUUAUCGUUUCAAAAUUAGACAAGCAACACUUGAAGAUUCUGGCGUUUAUCGCUGUGUUGCUAGUAAUCAAUAUGGACAAGAGACGAGUGAGGGUUCACUCACUAUCGUUAAAAAGCCAACCUUUGAUAAAAGAUUAGAGGAUGUUGAGUGUAAAGAAGGAGACACUAAUAUUGAUCUGAAAGUAAAAAUAAGUGGCAGUCCAAGGCCUAAAGUUCGUUGGCUUUUCGAAGAAGAAGAGAUUAGUCGAUCUUCCAAAAGAACUGAGAUCAUUGAAGAAGAAGAUGGUGUCUUUAUUUUGAGGAUAAAAGAAGCUUCCCUCGAAACUGCUGGUAAAUACACUAUAAUUGCUACUAAUAGUGAAGGUGAAGUUCGAAGCAGUGGUAUCGUGGAUGUUAAAAAAGACGAUACUAAAUCUACACAGAAACCCAGUUUUGGACAGAAACUGAAGGAUUUAGAGGCUUUGGAGACUGACCUUGACGUUACCUUUAAAGCUUCUAUCAAUGAACCAGAUAAAACAAAAGUAACGUCUAUUCGAUGGUACCUUGACGAUAUCGAGAUAACUGAAUCUGAUCGUAGAUUUAAAAUAGUUUCCGAUGAACCUGUUGGAACAUAUCGGCUUAUUAUUAAAAGACCUGACGAAUCUAUAGAAGGACGCUACAAAUUGACUGUUGAAAAUCCUUAUGGUUAUGAUGAAACGAGUGCUUCUUUCACCAUUUUAAGGGAACCCAAAUUUUUAAAGAAAUUACGAGAUAAAGAUAUCGAUGUUAAUGACAAAUUAACUUUGACAGUGAAAGUUGAUGGUGUUCCUGAGCCCAAAUUGACAUGGUUCAAGGAUGACCAAGAAGUCACCAAAAUCUCUGACAAAGUAGUUCUCGGUAAAAUUGACGAUGCUUACAGUUUGGUCAUUGAUUCAGCUCAAUCAGUCGAUGAAGGGGUCUACAAAUGUACAGCUGUAAAUAAAGUUGGCCAAGACUCAACAUCAGCACGGAUCACAAUUUUAAGUCCGCCUCAAUUUACUAAAGGAUUGAGUGAUGCUUCAGCUUCUGUUGGAAGUGAUUUAAUCCUUGAAGUUCAAGUAACUGGCGCAGAUAAAGUUGAAUGGUAUAAAGAUGGUUUGAAAAUGUGUGAAGCUACUCCUGAAGCUGAUGGUAUCACUUAUAAAUUGCCGUUGAAACCAGUUAAAAUGGAUGAUGCUGGAGACUACAAAGCUGUCGCCAGAAACGCUUUUGGUCGAGUUGACUCUGGAACUGGUCAUCUAACUGUUAUUGGAGAAACCAGAGAAGCUCCUAAGUUCAUUAAACCGUUAGCUGAUGCCACAGUUGACGCUGGAUGCGAUGUUACAUUUACAGUUAAAGUUGUCGGCUCACCAAAACCUAAAAUUACUUGGUUAAUUAAUGACAAAGAAAUUACAAAAUCUGAGCGAAUAAUAUCCAAAGAGUUAGAUGAUAACACUUAUACUCUUACAAUUAAAGAUGCACAGUUAGGUGAUCAAGCAGUUUAUUCUGUUUCUGCUGUUAAUGAUUCUGGUGAAGCUCAAGAUCAAGCUUCGUUAGCUGUCAAAGUUGCUGUUGAAAAGCCCAAAAUCGCUGGAUUAAAAGACAUCGAAGUUGACCGUGGAUCAAGUGCAACUUUAUCCUGUACCAUUACUGGUAGUCCUAAGCCAGAAGUAACUUGGUUUAAAGAUAAUAAACAAUUAAGUUCAAAUGAUGAAUUUGAAAUUGUUACUGAUUCUGAUACAAAAUACAGUAUCGUUGUCAAGAAGGCUUCUGAAACAACUCAAGGUACUUACAUAGUUAAGGCUAAAAAUAGCGCUGGUUCAAGUGAAGCAGACGUCAAGUUGACUAUCAUUGCAGAACCUCCAAAGUUUAUCAAAAAGUUGUCAGAUUGUUCUGGCUCACUUGGAUCAGAGAUAACAUUGGAAGCUGAAGUUACGGGAUUUCCACAUCCUGUUGUUUCAUGGUUGAAAAAUGGUUCUGAGUUGAUUGAAUCAGCUGAAGCAUUUGUUGCUCAAAUUGGUACCUUAAAUAAAUUGUCUCUCAAAGGCCUAAAAAAUUCUGAUGAAGGUACAUAUACAUGUAAAGCUGAAAAUAAGGCGGGUGAAGCAAGCUCAUCCGCAAAGGUAACCAUUGAUAAAGUGAAUUUAGUCAAAGGAUUGCCUGACAAUUUAAAUGCAAAGGAAGGCGAAACAUUGAAAUUAGAAGCCAAGUUGUCUGGUAAACCUGAAAGUCAACCAAUCAAAUGGUUAAAAGAUGGCAAAGAAAUUCCCUCUGAUGGAAGAUUCCAAACCAAAGUACUUCCUGAUGGAACUGUAACAUUAACUAUUAAUGAUGCUCGUCCUGAAGACAGUGGAGUUUAUCAAUUAGUUGCCGGUGAAGGACCAAAUGAAAUCAAUUCUCAAAGUAAAGUCGCAGUCACUCCCACAGAAAUUAAAAAACCAGACACUGAACCUAAAUUCAUUGAAGAUCUUCAUGAUGCUCGAACCAAAGAAGGAUCACCUCUUAAAAUGGAAGCCAAAGUCAGUGGAAGUCCUAAACCAGAAAUUACCUGGUUUAAAGAUGAGGAACCCAUUUCUCCUAGUCCACAUUAUGGUUUUAUCAGUGAACCUGAUGGAACUAUUGGGUUGAUGAUUGAUCACUGUACUUUAGAUGAUUCUGGUGAUUACAAAGCCGUUGCCGCAAACAGUGCAGGAGAAUCAACAACUUCAGCACGAAUAACUGUUGAAAAGCCAUCAAGCAAGCCUAGCUUUAGCGGUGAAUUGAUACCUGUCGAAAUAGUCGAAGGUCAACCUCUAAUUUUGAACGCAAAGGUAGAUGGACAUCCAGUACCAAGUGUUAAAUGGUUGAAAGAUGGGGAAGAGAUAAAACCCGAUUCCCGAAUAUCUCUAACACAAAAUCCUGACGGAACAGUCACUCUAGCAAUCAAUAAAGCCUCACCUGAUGACGAGGGUAAAUAUACUGUUGCUGCUGCCAAUGAUGAGGGUCGAGUAAGAUCAAGUGCCCCAGUAACCGUUCGUCGUUUAUCUCGCUCUCUUUCUAAACCAUCAUUUGAUGAGCCUCUUAAGCCAACUACUCUAAAAUCUGGUGAACCAGCAACAAUUUCAGUAGCUGUUUCUGGUGAACCAACGCCAGAAGUAAAAUGGUUAAAGGAUGGUCAAGAAAUCGAACCAGAUGGAAGGCAUCAUUUUGUGGAGAAACCUCCCAAUACAAAGAGUUUGAUUAUUGAUGAUGUUAAACCUGAAGAUGCUGGAAAUUAUUCAGUGGUCGCUGGAAAUAAUCAAGGAGAAGAUAAAACUUCAGCACCCAUCAAAGUUAACCAAUCUCCACGAUUUGUUAAACCUUUGGAUGGAAGUAUUGAAGCCGUUGACGGAUUUCCAAUUAAAUUAGAAGUGAAAACCGAGGGUGAACCCAAACCUGAAUUAACUUGGUAUAAAGAUGGAAAAUCUAUUAUUCCAGACGGUGAUCGUCUUCGAAUAAUCAAUGAACCCGAUGGUGUUUCAUCUCUGAUAAUUGCUAAAACAUUACCCAGUGAUAAAGGACACUAUUCGUGUUCUGCGACCAAUCCUCUUGGCUCAAAUAAAACGGAAGGUGAUGUAGAUGUGAGUCCGAUUAAGAAAAGUGAUGAAGCUGAAUCAAUGCCUCGUUUAAUUAAAAGCUUGUCCGAUUGUGAAGCUGAUGAGGGCAAAUCAAUGAAAUUUGAAGCCAUUGUUGACGGUAAUCCAAUUACUGAAAUAAAAUGGUUCCGUAAUGGUGAACCAUUAAUCUCAGGGUCUAAUGUUGUUCCCUACUUUGAUGGUAAACAUGUUGGUCUGGAAAUAAGAAAUUGUGGUCCACUUGAUCAAGGUGAAUAUGAAGUUAAAAUAAUGAACCGAUUAGGACAAGUUUCCUCUAAAAGCCAAGGGAUAGUUAAAUCUCGAGGUCCGCCCAAAUUUACUCAGAAACUAUCUGAUUCAACAUUUGGUACAAAAUCACCAAUAUCUCUUAGUUGUCGGGUUACUGGCAAUCCCGAACCUGAUAUUUCAUGGUAUCUCAAUGGUAACCUAAUUGAGCCUGGAUUGAAAUAUCAAAUGAAAAGAGAUUCAGGACUAUUAAAUUUAACUAUAAACAAUCCGUCAGCAAGUGACGCUGGUGUUAUUGAAUGCCGAGCAAAUAAUCUUUUGGGUUCUGAUUCAACUCGCUGCUCAAUCAAAAUUAGUGAUCGAUCGUCUAAAGAAGAACCAGCAGCAUUUAUCAAGCGAUUCAAUGAUUAUGAAUGCGUUGAAGGACAAAGUGCCAAAUUCACAGCAUGUAUUGUGGGUAAUCCUAAGCCAGAACUUAAAUGGUUCAAGGAUGGAAUUGAUUUUGAACCCACUUCUCGACAUUUAAUUGACGUUGAAUCAAAUGGAAUUGUUAGACUAACAAUUAGAAAUAUUGAGCCCAGUGAUGUUGGAGAGUACAAAUUGUUUAUCUCUAAUUCUCACGGCAAUGACUCUUCUUCAGCUAAACUUUCGCUUGAUAACAUGGAUAAAAAGUAUCGUCGUCGUAGCAUGGAUGUUGGUAAAGAGUUAAGUAAACGAAGCGGACUUCCAUCAGCAUUACUAGACAAGCCAAGAAUUCUUAGAAUGUGGGAUACUGGAAUAUCACUUGGAUGGAAACCAGCUAUUCCUUCUUAUUCAGGAAUUCCAGUAACAUAUACUCUUGAUUGGUGUAAACAUCCUUACAAUGACUCUGAUUGGAAGCCUUAUCGAACUGGAAUGCGUGAUAACCGCUGCGAUAUACCAUGUUUGGAACCUGGUCAAGAUUAUAGUUUCCGAGUACGAGUUGAAAAUAAACAUGGAAUCUCUGAUCCAUCUCCAGUUCUGACUGCUUUCAGAAGUAAAUUAUUGACUCCUCAUGAUGCUAGACCCAAAGAUUACGAGAUUGAAAGGCCACCGAUGGAUAAAACUGCUUGUCCUCCUCGUUGGUUGAGAAAAGAGGAUGAAGAAAUGUAUGGUAUUCGUGGUCGUCCAGUUACCAUUGAAUUUUGGGUUUAUGGUUACCCAGAACCUGAAAUAAAGUGGUUCUUUAAUGAUAUUGAGAUUCAAAUUGGUUCGGGUAAUUACGAUGUUAUGAAAGAUCGGAAUGGAAAGGUUUGUUUAUUCAUUAAUCGAAUGACAGAGAGAGCAGUUGGUACUUAUUCUUGUCACGCAAAGAAUGAACAUGGUGAUGCUUGGAAGAAAAUUAAAUUAUUAGAAGCAGAGCCACCAUCAUUCACUUUGAGGCUUAAAGAGACAACAGGAAUGGCAUAUAAAUCAAUCAGAUUGGAAUGCAAAGUUACAGGAUUACCUAUGCCAACACUUAAGUGGUUCAAAGAUUGGUUACCAAUUUCUGAUUCUGACCGAACGAAAAUUCUAUGGGAAGAUUCUGAAAAUAAAUCAACUAUGUUCAUAAGCUCUGCCAUUUCACGAGAUGCUGGUCUGUAUUCAGUCACGGCGACCAACAUUGUUGGCUCGGCAUCAUGUUCAGCUAAUUUAGCGAUUGAAGACGAUGAAAUCAUAUUCAAUUGGGCCAAUUAUAUACCAAGAGUCAUUCGGCCUCGAAAGAAAGCACUGGAAGAUUAUUAUGAUCUCGGUGAUGAACUUGGUCGGGGAACUCAAGGAGUUACUUAUCAUGCAGUUGAAAGAGCCAGUGGCAACAAUUAUGCCAUCAAAAUGAUGCAUGGUAAAGAGGAUGUGAAACCUUUCAUGGAUCGAGAAUUGGAUAUGAUGAAUCAAUUUUUCCAUCCAAGAUUAAUUCGUCUCUGGGACGCUUUUGAUCACAAAGAAUCUUUAGCUUUAAUCACUGAUUUAUGUGGAGGAGGUGAACUUCUUGAAGCAAUUGUUGGAAGAGGUUCCUUAACAGAGAAAGAAGUAGCCAAUUAUAUCCGUCAAGUUUUAGAGGGAUUAAACCAUAUGCAUGGUCGCGAUAUCGGACAUUUUGGAUUAACGAUCGGUGACAUAUUGUUAGAACGAAUUGGAGGAGAAGAUUUAAAGGUUGGAGAUUUCAGUCUAUCUCGUCGUCUUAUACCUGGUAAAUCGUACAUCCUUGAAUAUGGACAUCCAGAAUUUGUUGCUCCUGAGAUUGUAAAUAAACAACCAAUAUCUCUAGCUGCUGACCUUUGGAGUGUCGGUGUUUUAACUUAUAUCCUUUUAACCGGUAUAUCACCAUUUUUGGGUGAUAAUGAUCGUGAAACUUUGAGUCGAUUGAAAGAGGGUAAAAUAAGCUUCUCUCAUGAGGCCUUCAUCCAUGUUUCAGAAGAUGCCAAAGAUUUCCUCUCUAAAUUGUUAAUUAUUGAUCCAACCAAAAGAAUGGAUGUGAAGAAAGCUCUUGAACACCGAUGGAUCUCCGGAGACUCAAUUAAACACCGAGAAGAUAAAUUGCCUUGUAUAGAAAGUUUGUCAGAUUAUCUUAAAAGAUGGCGAAGCUGGUACAAAAAUGCUUCUUGUCGAAAAUAUUUCCGCCGUAAUCCACUCGAGUACUGCUUCACUCAUCCAAGUAAAAUGAUUUAUCCUCCUGAUGAACCUUACAAGCAACCAGAGACUCCAACUAUUGAACACAAACCUAAAUUCAAGCCAGGCGAAGUUGAUGACUCAGUUUCACCUAGACCUGGUUAUGAAUCAGCAAACUUUACAUCUGAAAGCCAAUAUCAAUCUGGACCAGAUACAUAUUUAUUACCUCAUCGUGAUGUCGAUUUCCCACUUCGUAUUCGAGAAUACCUUCGAGUUGGUGCAAGUCGAAGUCCAAGUUUGGCAAAUAACCUUCGCUCAGCCCAUUGGGGUGACACCAAUCUUGGAAUUGGUCAACGUCCUUCUCCUCAGGUUGCUGUCCGUGAAAGGCGUAAAUUUGUUGAAGUAAUGGACGAAGAAAUUGAAGACGAACGCAAAGGACUGGACACUCGAACCGUUCCAAUGAGAUUGCAACAUGAGAUAGGAACUCAUAGUUAUGCUUAUGGACAAGUACACCAGUUGAAGCAAGAAGCCGCUCUACAUUUAGGCCGAGAUGUUUCACUGAGAAUGACUCCUCCAUUUUUCCGUGAAAAGAUAAAAGAUGUUGUUGUUACUGAGGGCUCAAUCGGUUUAUUCAGUUGUUUUGCUGUCGGUGAACCAAAGCCUACUUACACUUGGUUCCGUAAUGAUGGUAUUAUGAUUGAAUCACAUCGAAUCAGUGUGAAACAGCUUUCAUCAGGCCGAGUAGAGUUGACUAUUAAUCCUGUUCAUGCCUAUGAUGUUGGUUGCUACAAAGUUGUUGCUCGAAAUGAACACGGUGCAGUCUUUUGCAGAGCACGACUGCGAAUCGGAACACCACCCGAAAAACCUGAUCCUCCCGAAGUACGAGAUACAUCGUCAACUGAAGCCUAUUUGGUUUGGUCUCAACCUAAAGGACUGGGAAAUUCGUGGAUUACGUGUUAUUCACUAGAAUACUCGAAACAUACAAGUAAUGAAUGGAACCUGUUGGGCGACAAGUUAUCUCAAGAGUUUUAUCUUGUCAGAGACUUGGAUCCUGGAACCAACUAUGUUUUUAGAGUUAAAGCUAAAAACAAGUUUGGUUGGUCCGAGAUUUCAAAUGAAUCUGAGCCUGCAACAACAGCACCUAGUGGAUCGGAUGUUCGUAUUUCAAUACCUCGAAGUUUCAAGGAAAAAAUGUUGAUUGGUGAGGUUGGUGAAGCUAAAUGGGAAGAGCCCAUUGCUCCAGAUCUCGAUUAUUCACGCGAAAAAGCACCAAUUGAAAUGAAACAAGGCGUUGAAUAUAAUUCACUGUAUCAUACUUCAUCUGAUAUAAUUGCAAGAGGUCACUUCUCGGCCAUUAUAAAAGGUGCUUGUAAAGAGACGGAAAAACCAUUGGCUUUAAAGAUCUGCCUAGUGGAAAAUCAAGCUUCCUCUGGCAUUAUGAACGAGUAUGAAAUGUUAAAAUCACUUUGUCAUGAAAGAAUCGUCAACCUUCACUCAGCUACCUGUGGGUCUGAUCUCAUCGCUUUGGGAAUGGAAAGACUCUCUGGUGUCGAUAUACUCACUUAUUUGUCCCAAUCAACAGUCUACAGUGAAGAUUGUGUCACCCGAAUCAUUCAACAAGUCCUCGAUGGCAUUGAAUAUCUUCAUUUCCGAGGAAUUUGUAUUCUUGAAUUACAGCCGGAUAAUGUAGUCUUGAUUAAUAAUCGUUUCCCAAAUGUUAAGCUAAUUGACUUUGCCAAUGCACGUCAUGUUCCGCCAAAUGGCACCAAAGUCACAAUUAAAGGAUCACCCGAAUAUUUAGCUCCAGAGAUAAUAAAACGCGAAGAAGUGUCAACAGCAACGGACAUUUGGUGUGUUGGUAUAUUAGCUUACAUCUUACUGAGCGGGGCAUCGCCUUUCAAAGGAGAAACAGAAGAGGAAACGAUUGAAAAUGUUUCAUAUGUUAGAUAUCAUUUUGAUCAUUUGUAUAAAGAGGUUACCCAAGAAGCAAUUCGAUUCCUUAUGUUAGUCUUUAAACGAUCUCCAACAAAACGACCUACCAUUGAAGAAUGUUCAGACCAUAAAUGGUUGAUGCCAAAUGAAUAUGCAGUCAGAAAACGUGAAUCAACUCUUUUCUCAUCCAACAAAUUGGCUCAGUUUACGGAAAACUUUCACUCAGAUAAAUCAUGUUCGACUCCUGAUAAAUUGCUCAAAAUGUUGGGUCUCUCAUAAGAUAACCAUUUUCAGUAAAGUUUGGCUAAAAGAUGAAGCAAGUUUGCGGUACCCAUCAUUGUACCUGCUAUUUGUGGGCGAAGGAUUUUAAUCACAAAAAUCAAUCAUCAAUAAUGUAGCAGGAAAAACUCAGGAACCAAAAUAUUGUUGGCGCCCUUGUUAACAAUUGUCAUGUUUUGUUUUUCAUGUUGUUUUUUUCUCGGAAUCUGUAAAGCUUGAAAAAAAAUGUUCAGUCUUUUUACCAAAAGCAACCAAAAUCUUAAUGUUUCUCGGUUUUCCUUUUGUUUUUUUGUUCACUUACAAGUUAUUUUUGCAAACUUUUUGCGUGCAAAUAAUCCAUUCUGUCUGAACAAUUAACAGUGCUCAUUGUGAUUCGCCCCUAAAAUUAAAAUCAAAUUGACAGACAAAUUGUAAACUAACAAAAGGACAAAUGAAAAUCAAAUUGCAAUAUAAGCAAAUAAUCUUCACCUUUACUUA